CAGCUGUGGCCGCGCCAUUGUGUCGAGGGACCAUGGAGGAGGAGCACACCAAGUUUGAACUAGAGAUAGAGAGUAUAGUCGAGAGUGAUGAUUUUACUAUAUUUAACCAAGAUGAUCUACCCAUGGGAGGCUUCCAGGUCAUGGAGGACAUCAGGAGGAAGGGCAAGUUAUGUGACGUGACGCUGAAGGUGGAAGAUCAGUGCUUUUCUGCACAUCGAAUUGUAUUGGCAGCAGUCAUACCUUACUUCAAUGCCAUGUUUACCCAUGACAUGGCCGAGAGUAAACAAAAGGAAAUAACAAUGCAAGGAAUAGAACCAAGUUCCCUUGAAUCUCUGAUCAACUUUGCAUAUUCUGGAAAAGUCAAAAUUGAUGGUUCUAAUGCACAAAGUUUAUUGGUAGGAGCAUCAUUCCUUCAGCUCUCUAAAGUACGAGAAGCGUGUGCUGACUUCCUCAAACACAGGUUACAUCCACACAACGUUUUGGGCAUCAGAACGUUUGCAGAUACCUUGGCUUGUUGGUCACUCGUAGAAGCCAGUAAUCGUUAUCUUCAGAAACAUUUUGUUGAAGUCUCUGUGUCUGAGGAAUUCCUGAGUCUCUGUUUCUCAGACGUAAGAGAAAUAAUCUCCCGGGAUGAACUUAAUGUGCAAAGUGAAGAAAAUGUAUUUGAAGCCAUCAUGGCAUGGACAAAACGAGACCUAGACCAGCGGGGUCAUAACUUGCCAGAGCUGUUGACUAAAGUGCGCAUGCCACUACUAACCCCCCAGUUCCUGACGGACUGUGUUGCCACCGAAAACUUGAUCAGAUCGUCUCACGAGUGCAGAGAUCUCCUGGAUGAAGCCAAAGACUAUCACCUCAUGCCAGAGCGACGACCUCUCCUACAGAGCUUCCGCACAAGACCGCGGUGCUGCAACGACAUCGUAGGACUUAUAUAUGCUGUUGGCGGCCUUACAAAAUCAGGAGAUUCAUUAAGCACUGUCGAGGUAUACGAUCCCAUUGUUGGUAGGUGGCAAAUGGCAGAAAGUAUGUCCAUGCUUCGGUCACGGGUCGGGGUCGUGGUGAUGAAGAAAAAACUCUAUGCCAUCGGUGGUUACAAUGGCUUAGACAGAUUAGCAACAGUAGAAGUUUUUGAUCCAUCCAGCAAGUGUUGGAGUAAAGUCUGCCCGAUGAACUGCAAGCGAAGUGCUGUUGGUGCGGCUGUUCUAAACGACCACCUCUAUGUAUGUGGUGGAUACGAUGGUGUUGCCUCUCUCAACACAGUGGAGUGCUACAACAGUGAAACAAACAAGUGGGUGAUGGUUACGUCCAUGACCAAACACCGGAGUGCAGCUGGAGUGGUUGCUUUUGAUGGCCAUGUUUAUGCUAUUGGGGGUCACGAUGGCCUCUCUAUAUUUGAUUCAGUGGAGCGAUAUGAUCCAACUACUGGGCAGUGGACUCCUGUUACCCCCAUGUUAAGUAAACGCUGUCGUCUUGGUGCCGCCACGCUUGAUGGAAAGUUAUAUGUCUGUGGUGGUUAUGAUGGCUCUACCUUUUUGAGAACCGUAGAAGUUUAUGAUCCCAUCACUAGUAGAUGGUCUUUCGUUGCCCCCAUGAGUGUAACACGCAGUCGGGUAGCACUUGUGGCUAACAUGGGUCGCUUAUAUGCUAUUGGUGGUUAUGAUGGUGUGUCUAACUUGUCCACAGUGGAGGUAUAUAACCCAGAACAAGACCAGUGGGAGUUCAUCACCUCCAUGUGGGCCCAUGAAGGUGGGGUGGGGGUGGGUGUCAUCCCCUUCCCCUGAGAGCAUUAGGUUAAGUUUAAGGGUCAAUAUCUGGGUUUGGUCUCUUUAUUAAGAGUACAGUAGUAUUUUUUGCACCAUAUUUUAUUUAAUUUAUAAAUCUGCAAGUACUGUAGUGCUGUAAGUUCACCAUUAACAAGGUUAAUCUUUGCUUCUGGAAAAGUAGGCAUUGAAAAUGUUAAGGGGUUCUUAUUAUAUUUACAGUACAGAUGGUACUAAUUACCUACAAUGGCAACUCCCCUCAAAAAACAAAUAUCUGAAUUUUUUUUACUUGAAAGUACUACAGUGAUAUCUCCGUUAGCCUGAAUAAUUGGUGCGGAACACUUCCGGGAAUGAGAGAUUUGCGGGUAACGAGACGACUUUCAAAGCCGGAAAAAAAUCACU